AUGUCCAAAUCCAAGCUGUACGAUGUGCUUAUUCUCGGUGGUGGUCCAGCAGGACUCACCUCCGCCCUUGUGCUUGCUCGACUUCAUCGAACCACAGCAAUUUUCACUGCACCAACUUACCGCAAUGAUGGCGCGGCGCACUCACACGGUCUGCUCUCGCGUGACCACGUACCGCCCGCAGAGCUGAGAGCCCAAGGCCGAAAUGAUCUUGAGCGCUACAAGACUAUCGAAUUCUUCGAGAACAGCCCCAUCACAAGCAUUGUCCGCCAGGGGUCGGAUUCUCGCGCUUACUUUGUGGCCAAGAAUGACAGCCAACAGGAAUGGCGAGGUCGUGCUGUCAUCCUGGCAACAGGAAUUCGCGAUGAGCUGCCAGAUCUGCCCGGAUACAAAGAAAACUGGCCAGAAUCAAUCUAUCAGUGUCCUGUCUGUGACGGUCACGAGCGCUACGAUGGACCAGUUGGCAUCCUGAACAUCGAGUUCAACUCACUUGUUUCCAGGCAUAUGACUACAACGCUUCACUUCCUGUCACAACCAGUCGGGACUUCUGUCGAGGACUCCCUAACUCGCAAAUCCAACCUCACGCUCUUCACCAAUGGACCACUUGACACCAGCAACGCGGCAGUCACCGAGAUCCUCGAUAUCUGCAAGGCCUAUCGCAUCACUGUCGACCAACGCAAGGUCGUCCGGCUAGAGGCCUCCGAAGACCCUUCCAAGAAACCUGGCCUUUACGUCCACCUCGAGCCAGAUGGAAGCAACUCAGAACUGCCUACUCGCGUCUUCCAGAACUUCCUCCUUCACAAGCCUCGCACCACCCCCAACUCCCCGGAACUGCUCUCCCAGCUUGGCCUCGAGACAGCAAGCUCUCCUUUUGGAACGUACGUUGCCUUCACUCCACCUUUCAACGCGACCAAGGUACCCGGCAUCUUCGUUGCAGGCGAUGCUGGGGCCAUGCAUACAACUCUCACCCUUGCGCUCUCUUCCGCAGGAUUGGCUGCUGCUGGAGCGAUGCAAUUCGUCAAUGACCUGGAUGAUAAGAUUGCCUUGGAGGCUUUGAAGACGAAGGAGAAUGGCUCGGUGAAGGAGCUGUAA